CUCGAGAAGCCGCGGGAACGGCGCUGCCUGGUGGACGCUGGACGGAUUAGAAUAGAGUUCAGAACUCCUGUGCCGUUUUUGUCCACCUAGAAGAAGCCGAAUCCACGUAUAUAGGCUACCAAUGUCCACGCCUGGAUAUACGAGUGAAUUGCGUUGAUACAAAACGGAUUUAGUUUAUGAGAGAUGAAUUUGGGAGACGCUACCAUCAGACCUGUAGAGAGGAGAAUGAAGGCCAAGGCCCCCCCUCCACCUCGACCUCCCCAGCCUGCCCCCCGCAGGAUCUUCCGAAAUGCAGUUCCUGACGGAGGAGGAUCUUCAGGGGGAGACAGCAAGGAAAACAUGCUUCAACCCUCUGUGGAUCUCCAUAUCAGUCUGCCUUCAGGGUACCAGACCACUGUCAAUGUGGAUGGCAGAAAAGCUCUUAUGGAUUUGUUGGUGGAUCUAUGCAGUCAGUACCAUCUGAAUCCAGCAUAUCACACUCUGGAGCUGCUGUCAUCCGAUGCUCAGCACAUCAAUUUCAAGCCCAACACCCUGCUGGGCGCUCUGGAUGUCUCCUGCGCCUUGAUCAAAGAACGAGUGCUGGAGGACAAGGUGAUCCGGAAACCUCCACCCAAAGUGCCAGAGAAAACGGUGCGUUUGGUAGUGAACUAUCACCACAGUCAGAAGGCCGUGGUUCGAGUAAAUCCAUUGGUCCCCCUGCAUACCCUGGUGCCUGUGAUCUGUCAGAAGUGCGAGUUUGACCCUGCCCAUGUCCUGCUGUUCAGAGACAAUGUCAGCCACCAACAACUGGAUUUGGACAAGUCCCUGAGCGAGUUGGGUAUCAGGGAACUCUAUGUCCUGGAUCAGAUGCUAGUUCUCCAGCCUAAAAUGGCUUCGACCCCUGCCCUGAACUACUCAGCUGAAUCUCUUCACUCCAGCAGUUUGAGUGGAUCAGAUAAAAAGGGUCUGCUGGGCUUCCUCAAGUUUAAUCGCAGGAAAUCAAAGACUGAAGAUCAGUCCUCUGAGGACAUGGACAGUCUUGAUGAUGAUUGUGUUGUUGACAAUGCAGAUACUAACAUUAAUGGUAUGUCAGGUCCAUGUGUGGAGACCCGUCCCAGCACUCUUGGUCAGUCUCAGUCUGUGAUGAACAUCUCCAAGAUGUCCCCGAAAGUGGAGUUAAAGAAACGCAGAGCUCCAGCUCCCCCAUCAGCUUCCACACAGACUUUACCUCUGGCAUCACAGAUAAACCUUGGCUCUCCGUCCUCAUACAACCAGCUAAAGAAGCGGAAGGCUCCAGCACCUCCACCCACACCGCCCCCCAGUACACCCGAGCCAGUUAUUUCCACCUCUGUGCCUACUGCACCUGUGCGGGCUCCCUGCAACCCCUUGCCAGUUGAAAAGACCCUGCUGCCUUCUCCCAGAGCCUCAACUCCAGCUGAUGACUCUGAUCUAAGCCAUAGUAUUGAGGAUUCAGAGCCGGCCAGGUCCAUCUGCAGUAGCUCCAGCGGUGAUGAUGCAGCUGCAGGAUCCAGUAGCAGCAGUCUUGCUGAAGAACCUAUCACACAUCAGGCUCAUGUGAUAGCUGCAUACACCACAUCUUCACUAGAACCUGAACCAGAGCCUGAGCACAAGGAAGAAGCAGCUCCUCUCACUAUGCCAGAACAAAAACCAGGUCCAAGUUCAGAGGAUCCAACACCCGAAGACCCAGUGCUAGAGAUGGAGCUAAAAAUGGAAGAGAUGGAAAAUAACCGUAAUAGUGGAAUAGCCUGGCAGCAUUCAGCUCAUGAGUCUUUGUCGGAGAGGGUGGCAGAGCAGGAAGUGGAAACAGUGUCCGUGGCAAGCAGUGAGAGUUUUGCAGACCAGGGCUAUGCGGCAUCAGAGGGCAUGGCCGAAGAGUCCGGCCUAGUCUCUCCCUCUGAAAGGGUACAAUCUAUUUCACCUGUGGACAUCAUGUCGCUAAACAGUGCCUCAGCUCUGCCUGCAAAGUCCAAAGACUCUUCCAGUGACAGUGAUGAGGGCUGUGCGACCUGGGGUUCUAGAAAAAGUAGUGGAAAUAUUCAGCGAGGACAGCAGUCAAUCAAGAGACAAAAUGGAUAUGAAGAAGAUCCAGAGAUUACUGCACAGAUACACCUCACCCUGGCCAAUCUAGAUGCAAAUCUGGCAGACAUUAAUCACUCAGGAGGAGCAUCUGUGUUUGUGGAUGAUGAAAUACCUGUGUCCAUUGUUGACAUGGACAUUCCAGUAACAACCAUUGAUGAUGUUCUUGAUGAUGACCGGUUCAGCAUGAGCGAGUAUGAGGCAGAAUUGUUGAGCACCACGCAAAACAUCACCAGCCAAUCGUGUACACCAUGUGAAGCUAUCCAAAACAAAAACAACAAUGCCUGCCUGACAGAGGAGAAACACAGAAAUCCAUCUCCAGACAUAGAGAAGCAGUCAGAAGUGACUACACUCACAGUUAUUGAGAAAACCACAAGUCCAUCUCUAUCCAAUGAGAAGUUAUCACAAGAUGCUAAGCACAUAGACAAUAUGGAACAGAAGGCAGCCUUCAGCUCAGAGACUAAGAGUAAAGCUGAAACUGAAGAACUAAAGAGUCAGAAAAACAUUGUAUCACAGAAGCCCCAAAGUUUUGUGCGUCCUGCUGUUCAAACCGUUCAAAAGGUUACUGACGAGAGACUAAAAUCUGCACCUAUGGUCCAGAAGUUCAGAACAGAGCCUUCUUAUGAGGACAGGGCACCUAUUACCAGAGUCCUAACAACUCAGGGUAAGAUCACCCAAAGUUCGUUCUCUCGAUUUGGAAUGAAAACCUUCACAGUCAUCCCUCCAAAACCGUCUGUGUCCCAGACCAAACCUACAGGCUCUCUAGUCCUAGGUGCCAUUAAGAUUGAUGAACAGGGCAACAUGGUUACAGGGAAACAGAUUUCCACUGGCCCACCAAAAAACGGCAAUCUCGACGUGGAUACUUGUGCAGAAAAAUCCCCAUUGGACAAAGCCAAAGCCUUUUGGAGCACUGCAGAGAAGCAAGACCAAUCAACUGCAACCAACCAAGGAACCAUCGAUGUGUUCAAACCCUUGAUUGUGUCUGGAGUCUCUAAACUUUCACUGAAAACACCUCCUGAGGAAACACACAAAGAGGUCAUUAUAUUGGAAAGGAAGUCCAUAUCUGUAGUGGGAAGUAAGCCUACAUCCCCAGAACCUCCAAAGAAUCACUCUUUCACAGCUGAAAGGCGUGAUCUUUCUUUUCUUAUACCUUCCAGAAGAACCUCCAGCCAAUACGUAGCUUCUGCCAUUGCUAAAAACAAUAGCAUUCCCAAUACUAAAGUAGUUAUCAUGCAGGCGCCAUCAGAGUCCAUUGUUGGUGUCAAAAAACCUGUCAAUCAUCUGUUUAAUAAUGAGGUUAGACCUACAAACAUACACAAACCUACUACCACUUUCAAACCCACUGAAAAUACUGUGCCUUCUUUUGGACAUCCUAAAUGCCUGCAAAGUUACCCUAGUCAUGUUGCAGAAAAGCCAGCAAGUUCUGAGAGGAUAUGCGGUAUUGAAAAAGGCACUCUGCAUGGGGAAGAUUCUCUCAAAUCUCUGGACUCACAUCCCUUAAAUAACAAAAUCCUGCCCUCAACACAUGUGUCUGGUCACAUUAAACACAUGGAAUCUUCCUCUGAAGAAGCCACAUCAAUCAAUAAGUUCCCAGACACAUCCUCUGCUCGAAAGACGCCAGAGUUAUACAAAUCUGAGAUUCCAUCUGAACCAGACAUGGGUAACAUAUUUGGACCAGUUAAGAAGUUUAAGCCUGUUAUUUUUAAGUCUGUCCAAAAGGAAACUUCUAUCCAUAGCUCUCUAAUGGAGUCCAUUCAGUCUGGAGAGGGCAUUGAACGCCUCAAAAAGGUAUCUGACAUGUCUACCAGCUGCACAGUUAAGAAGCCAUCUUACAAUGAUGCAGAGAAUGAGCGUUCUGCACUUUUUUCAGCAAUAAGAGCUUCAAGUAACUCUGCCGGACUGAAGAAGAUCAAAUCAGGUGCAGCUAAGGAGUUGGAGCAGCUCAGGAAGAUUGAGGAGGACAGAAAUGUCCAGAGAGAUGUUAUCUCGCCUCCUCCCACUUCUCCUCUUGCUUUUGUGCCACCCCCUCCUCCAGCUUUCAGUCCUCCACCACCUCCCCCUUCAGCUCCAGCCAAGCCCCCUCUAGUGCUGCCUGCUGGAGGAAACCCAGAGGCGGCCCGAGAGGCUCUUCUGGAUGCCAUUCGCUCAGGCUCUGGGGCUCAACGACUUAGGAAGGUCCCUGUCACACAGACAAGACGACAAGUGAAUGGGAGACUUGGCACCAUUCAGGCAACAUCACUUUCUUAUGGACACUGAACCUUCACUGGAUCACCGUUUGGGUUUCAAGAACCGCCAAAUCUGGUGUUUUAGCAUUAUCUGCAACGACAUUAGCAUAAAUGUUAACACAAUCAUCACAGCCUUCUUUAUUUAUAGUGAUUUGCUGCUUUCACAUCCGUGCCAAUACUAAUUUGCUUAGUUUCAGGCAGAUUAUGUCCUGCUACUGACUUGGAAUGUUGACAUUUGAAGCUCUUUGUUAAUGCUGCUUGGAAUUUGAUAGUUUUUUUUUUUUCAUAUGUUGUCUGCCUAACUUCUAUAUUUCUAUCAGUAUUAUACCUGAAUACAUUAUUCAGGUAUUUGCUGUUGCAACAGUAUAAGGUGGUGGUCUGCAAUUGAAUCCACCUGCCAAUCAGAACAGUCUUUGGCAAUAUGCUUAUUGAUUUUUCUUUUUUUAAAGGAACACCAGUUGGUCAAAUGGAAAACACUAAGAUAUUUUUAUUUAAUUGUUAUUAUAAAGGUGUUUCUUUAAAUUUUUUAUUGUUAUUUUUAAAAUAUUUACAGAAUGAUAAUUCUGGAAUGACCAUUCUACUAUCUAUUUCUAUUAGAAAAGUGGACUAUUGACAAUGGACCACUCUUGACAAUGUUUUUUUAAAGCAUUGUAGAUACACAUGCCGUAUAUUUGACCAAUACUACUAAUGCACUUUUUGUAAAACUGAUUAUUUUGAAAACACUUGUAGAUUAUUUUUAAAGCCUUAUAGAUACUGUAUGAUUGGACAUAAUGUAAUCAAUACCUUCUCAACAAACUGCUGAACAACUGUGAUGUAGAGCUGUCAUAGUACUUCAGCUUUAAUUUAUUUCAUUGGGUAAAUCAUACACUACUUUAUUUAGAGUAAAUUGUUUAAUAUAUUUACACAAGUUUUUUUUUUAUGUUGUUCUUAUUUAUCAUUAUAUAAGAGACCUGGACGGUUGUAAAAAAAAAAAAAAGAAAACACAUGAUACUAAUAUAGUACAUUUCAAAUCUGACACUAAAGCAUUAGUGUAAUGAAAGAGAUUUUUAAAUAAUGCUUUUUGUAAUGUACUUUUUUUUUAUUGCAGCACAAACUGAAUCAGACUUGUACACCAAUAAAUUGUUGAUUCAUUCAUUC